AUGGCAAAUUGGAUUGUAAUUUCUGUAUUCUUUCAAUUUCUAUUAAAGAAUGUGAAUAGUAAAAAUGCAUUUCAUAAAUAUCCGGGUGCGGCCUUAGCGGGCCCAUUUAUAAAUGCGACCAUUUUCGAGAAGCCAGGCCUUACUGUGGGUGACAAAAGAAGACUACAGGACUACUUGAAUUCCUUCACCAAUUUGGCAGAUACACCAGUGGACAGGAUUAUAGAAACACCAACCAGCUACUGCCGUUCAUUCCGUACUUGCUCCGACUGCUUUCGAAGCACAUGGUAUCCUUGUGGAUGGUGCCACGAUUACGGCUGCACAAAUCAACCAGAAAUUUUUUGUCCCGAUGCUGUUAAAAGAAGUGAUUUAAAAGAUCUAACAGAUUUAGAGGAUUUCUGUCCUCGAAUCCAUCAUAAAGGCUCAAUUCUAGUGCACGCAGGAGUAAGACAGAAUUUGCGCGUAAAGGUCCACAUUGCUGACCCAGUAUUGUACAAAAAGGAUUUGGUAUGCCAAAUUAAGUUCAAAAACAGAUUGACGCACUUGAAAGCGUUGAUAUUGAACGGUGAAAUAUUUUGCUAUCCUGUUACAAUGAACACCACGCACAAAGGAAAUAUGAACAAAGGCAUAUUCAGAGUGAUCUGGGGAGGAGUUAAUCCGUUUUCAAACGAGAUUCCCGUUUUUGUGUAUAGAUGUGAAGCGCUAGCGAGUGAGUGUGAUGAUUGUAUCGAUAUUUCACCUGAAUACUCCUGCGGGUGGUGUGAGAGUUCAAGUAACUGUGUAAUCGCUGAGCACUGCGAAGAUAUUUUGAAAUGGUAUGUGAAUAGACUCACAUGUAAAACGUUGAAUAAAAAUGAUCCCGAUUAG